UCAAUAUUGAAAAUUGGGUUCUGUUAUGCAGAUUUGCAUACAGCAAACAGCUUCAUUUACGUAGCGGAGUAUCGAGAAAGAGAGAGAAAGCUUUGUUAGAUGAUCGAUAAUUUCUAUUUUCUCAGCUGAAAAAGAGAUCAGAGAAGAUUAUCUACGGUCAAUCUUUCACUUAAAGAUCAAAAGAAAUCGUCUGUUGACAGAAUCUCAUCUCUUUUACAGAAGAUUAUUAUGAAUAAUUUUAGCGAGAAAUUGAAUGAGUAAAAUCAAAUCACGGAAUGUGUAUAAAAACAAAAGAUCAGCUUCGAAGCCAUUUAUUUGCUGAAAGCGAAUGAGAAUUGGAAGAAACGAGGCGCGUAAUUCAUCACAGACUUAAAAAAAAUCUCGUUUUUUCGGCAGCAGUUAGAAUAAUAAGAAGCAUCUUACUUGAAUGAACUUUAGUUAUUCCGAUUUAUAUUUAAGCAAAUCGAUUUGCAGAAAGAUACAAAGAAUGCGAGGAAUUCCAGUCGUAAGGACACGGCUAAGUAUCGAUCAGACGAGAUACGCUCGCAAAACGAUCACAGGGUGAUCGACAACAGGAAUAGCACCGGCGACGAUCCAUCGGUUCACUACCACGAAUUGGAGCGUAAGAGAUCCGUAUUCCCGCCGGUAUCAUUCCGUUUACCCGACCGGAAACGCUCCGAGAAGAAUACGAAUUCACCGCGAUUCCUGCAGGCCGUUUCUCGCUUCGUCGAUGCACGAAAGAAGUUCGUGACGAAAGUGGGGCGUGUUCGAACGUGACGGAGAUCGUUCGUGGUAGAAAAGAAAAGGAAAAAGAGAAAAAGAAAAAGAGAAAAAAAUUAUGUUAGAUAGCGAGACAAUUGUCUGUUGAAGGACCGUCGACGAUCUUGAUAUUCCGCCGCAGCGCGUAAAAAGAAGAGAAUCGUCACGCGAGGAUCCAUUUGCCAACGUUGACCGGGUCGACAAGCUGAUAUCCUGAGGAUGACGCGUGUCGCAUAUAGACUCGGUCUCUAUCAGCUCCUCCUGGGGUUCACCUUGCUGAUCGAGCCCCUGCUGGGCUACAACGUCCUGAUGGCCACUAUGGGUGGUACCAAGUCCCAUACGGUGCCCUUCGUCGCCCUUGGUACGAGUCUGAGGUCACGAGGGCACAACGUUACGCUGCUGAGUGCUUUCCCCGGUCCCGCGGCGAAUAAUGGUCUUCACGAACUGGUGCCGUCAAUCCUCGAGGCUUAUGUCGAGAAUUUCACGGCUGAGUGGGACCUAGUGGGCGCCAGGUUCCGGAAUGAGCUUCCGGUAUCACCGUGGGACGCUAUGAGAUACGCCUGGGAGUCAUGCGAGGCUUUACUCCAGGACGCAUCGUCGAUAGCCAGUAUGAGAAAACCGAAUGGCGAUCCGCACGCUCGAUGGGACGUCGCGGUGCUUGACGGCGCUUAUCCCGAAUGCAUGUUGGGAAUUCUCCACGGCGAGAAUGUGCCGACGAUAAUGUUGAAUACGGUGGCACUGUACAGCGGAUCCAUUAUGCGACAGGGCAAUCCAUCUCCUUGGUCGGUGACACCGUAUUUCGGUAAAGCGAUCACGCAGGACAUGACUUUCUUCCAGAGAAUCCUGAACGCGGCUGCUCUGCUCACUCUAAAAAUUAUGCACUGGUUCACGCUCUCGAUUUAUCUUCAACCAACGCUCCAGAGAUACCUCGGCAAUCAUAUACCCAACGAUCUACACAGUCUGACGGCGGAGGUCCCCCUGACUUUGCAGAACAGUCAUUAUAGCGUGGGCGAUUCCGUGCCCUAUUUGUCGAACGUUGUAAACGUGGCGUGUCUUCACUGCAGACCGGCGAUGCAAUUAAGCUCCGACUUAGAAUCCUUUCUACGACGCGGUUUUGUGUUUGUCUCGAUGGGAUCGUCGGUGCGAGCUUCUGGGAUGCCGGAGGCAUUACGGCAGAUCUUUUUCGCAGUAUUCUCCACGCUACCGUACAAUGUCGUGUGGAAGUGGGACGGUGGCAAGAUCAAGGAUCUGCCGGCGAAUGUGAGGACGGCUGCCUGGUGGCCGCAGCAGGAGCUGCUCGGUCAUCCCAAGCUACGUGCUUUCGUUUCUCACGGUGGACUGCUAUCUUUGCACGAAGCGGCUUACCACGGUGCACCGACUCUGGUCUUACCAGUCUUCUGCGAUCAUGAUGGAAAUGCGGCACAAGCUGAAAAACUGGGUUACGCUUUGGUAAUGGAUCUGGCUGGUAUAUCCAUUAGUGCGCUUCGCGAAGAUAUAAUUAAAGUCGCCGCACUUCACAAUAAUUCGGGUCCUGGAGAAUUAGCCACGUGGUGGGUCGAACACAUUGCCAAAUAUGACGGAGCUGAUCAUUUGAAAAGUUCAAUUCGGUACAUGAGCGUGUUCCAUUAUUACAGCAUGGAUGUCGUGCUGUUUUAUAUAUUGAGUUUAAUUCUAAUAAUUUAUGGAUUAAAAAAAUUAUUCCGGCGAGCGGUUAUCGGUCAGGAUGUCUUCAAAAAGAAAGUAGACUGACGGAUAAUUCUGUGAAAUUCUCUGCUAAAUUUAUUUUAUUUAUUGUAGCAAAUAAGAUGUGUCCUCUUAAUGAUAUGGUAAGUAUUGGAACUAAAUAGAGAUUAUAUAAG